AUGAACAGAAGAGGAAAAAGAAGAGCAGAUCCUUUUGAAAAGCUCUACAAGAACAUAAGAAAGAAUGUGAAAACAUACUCGAAAAAAGAAACAAUGGACUUGAUAAAACUGAAGUACUCUGAGAUGUGGACAGCAAAAAAGUCUCUAAAGGACAGAGAAAUGGAAAUAGCAGAGACACCUGCAGACGCAGGGAAAGAGGUGUAUUACAUAGCAGCUGACAACAAUUAA